GACACAUAGUAUGACCAUUAGGUGUUUCGUCUCCCAGCCAUUUUCUAUGGAAAACCAAAGAGAUCAUCAGAUCAUGAUAGCCACUGGCAGCUUUGAAGAAUGGGACGUCUUUAGAGAAGCUUGAUCUUGGAAGCCUCAGUGUGAGACCUUACAAAGCCGGAUUCCGGCAGAGUUUCUCUAUCUCGUCUUGUUGCUGAUUGAAGGUGUCCCCUUCUCCAACUGUCCAUCUCCUGGGAGGCAGCAGGAAAUCAGCAUCAUGGUUGGAUUCAAGGCCACAGAUGUGCCCCCAACUGCCACUGUAAAGUUCCUGGGGGCUGGCACAGCUGCCUGCAUUGCAGAUCUCAUCACCUUCCCCCUGGAUACUGCUAAAGUCCGGCUGCAGAUCCAAGGAGAAAGUAAGGGACUAGUGCAAGCCACGGCCAGCGUUCAGUACCGCGGUGUGCUGGGCACUAUCCUGACCAUGGUGCGCACUGAGGGCCCCCGCAGCCUCUACAAUGGGCUGGUCGCUGGCCUGCAGCGUCAGAUGAGCUUUGCCUCUGUCCGUAUCGGUCUCUACGACUCCGUCAAGCAGUUCUACACCAAGGGCUCUGAGCAUGCUGGUGUCGGUAGCCGCCUCCUGGCAGGCAGCACCACAGGUGCCCUGGCUGUGGCUGUGGCUCAGCCUACAGAUGUGGUGAAGGUCCGGUUCCAAGCUCAAGCCCGGGCUGGAGGUGGCCGGAGAUACCAAAGCACUAUGGAUGCCUAUAAGACCAUAGCCCAGAAGGAAGGAUUCCGGGGACUCUGGAAAGGGACCUCCCCCAAUGUUGCCCGUAAUGCCAUUGUCAACUGUGCUGAGUUGGUGACCUAUGACCUUAUCAAAGAUGCCCUUCUAAAGGCCAACCUCAUGACAGAUGACCUCCCUUGCCAUUUCACUUCUGCCUUUGGGGCUGGCUUCUGCACCACCAUCAUUGCUUCCCCUGUCGACGUGGUGAAGACGAGAUAUAUGAACUCUGCCCUGGGCCAGUACAGCAGUGCUGGCCACUGUGCCCUUACCAUGCUCCAGAAGGAAGGGCCCCGGGCCUUCUACAAAGGGUUCAUGCCCUCCUUUCUUCGCUUGGGUUCCUGGAAUGUGGUGAUGUUUGUCACCUAUGAGCAGCUGAAACGGGCCCUCACGGCUGCCUGCACUUCACGGGAGGCUCCCUUUUGAGUCUCUCCUGCUGCUUACUUGAACAUCUCUGGCUUUGGCUCCAGCCAGACCCUGCUUCCCUUUUCCUUCUUCCUUUCCCUCUUUGUCUCUCUCCAUUCUUUUCCUCUUACCACCACCCCCCUUCCUCGCCCUACAUUCUCACCACUCCUUCUACCUCAUCUCCCCACUGGCUCUCAGUCCUGGUGGAGUUGUCCUCAUCAACGAGGAUCCCAAGCCCCUAGUCCCUUGAAACUUUCAGCCUGAAUUUUUGUCCUGUCCCCCAGCCCAGCCAGCAUGUCACCCAUAAAGCAAGCUCAACCUUG